CCGCCGCCAUGGCCGGUAAGCCCCGCAGCGGCUGCGAGGCGCUCCGGGUGGUGGCCCGGUGCCGGCCCAUGAGCCGGCGGGAGGAGGCGGCGGGAUACGAGCGCGUCCUGGAGCUGGACGUGAAGCUGGGCCAGGUGAGCAUCCGCAACCCCCGCGCCGCCCCCGGGGAGCUGCCCAAGACCUUCACCUUCGACGCCGUGUACGACGCCAGCUCCAAGCAGGCCGACCUCUACGAUGAGACGGUGCGGCCGCUCAUCGACUCGGUGCUGCAGGGCUUCAACGGCACCGUCUUCGCCUACGGGCAGACCGGCACCGGCAAGACCUACACCAUGCAGGGCGCCUGGGCGGAGCCCGAGAAGCGCGGCAUCAUCCCCAGCGCCUUCGAGCACAUCUUCACCCACAUCUCCCGCUCGCAGAACCAGCAGUACCUGGUGAGGGCCUCGUACCUGGAGAUCUACCAGGAGGAGAUCAGGGACCUCCUCGCCAAGGACCAGAGCAAGAAACUGGAGCUGAAGGAGAACCCCGAGACCGGGGUGUACAUCAAGGACCUCUCCUCCUUCGUGACCAAGAACGUCAAGGAGAUCGAACACGUGAUGAACCUGGGCAGCCAGACGCGCUCGGUGGGCAGCACCAACAUGAACGAGCACAGCUCGCGCUCGCACGCCAUCUUCCUCAUCACCAUCGAGUGCAGCGAGACGGGGCCGGACGGCGAGGAGCACAUCCGCGUGGGCAAGCUCAACCUCGUGGACCUGGCCGGCAGCGAGCGCCAGAACAAAAUGGGGGCCCAGGGAGAGCGCCCCAAGGAGGCCUCCAAGAUCAACCUCUCCCUCUCGGCCCUGGGCAACGUCAUCUCGGCGCUGGUGGACGGGCGGAGCACGCACAUCCCCUACCGGGACUCCAAGCUCACCCGCCUGCUGCAGGACUCCCUCGGGGGCAACGCCAAGACAAUCAUGGUGGCCACCUUGGGCCCGGCCUCGCACAGCUACGACGAGAGCCUCUCCACCCUCAGGUUCGCCAACAGGGCCAAGAACAUCAAGAACAAGCCGCGGGUGAACGAGGACCCCAAGGACACCUUGCUGCGGGAGUUCCAGGAGGAGAUCGUGCGGCUGAAAGCCCAGCUGGAGAAACGCGGGAUGCUGGGCAAGAAGAGGAGGAGGAGCAGCCGGAGGAAGAAAGCGGUGGAUGGAGAGGGCACCGUGGACAAUGAAGGGGAGGAUGAGAAUGAGGAUGGCCUGGAGAAGACCAUGGAGAACUACUUGAAGGAGCAGAAGGAGAGGCUGGAAGAGGAGAAAGCCGCUAUCCAGGAUGACCACAGCCUGGUGAGUGAGGAGAAGCAGAAGCUGCUCCAGGAGAAGGAGAAGAUGAUUGAGGACCUGCGGAAGGAGCAGGAGGCCACGGAGCUGCUGGCCAUCAAGUACAAGGCCAUGGAGAGCAAGCUGCUGAUCGGGGGCAGGACCAUCGUGGACCACACCAACGAGCAGCAGAAGAUGCUGGAGCUGAGGCGGCAGGAGAUCGCUGAGCAGAAACGCCGGGAGCGGGAGAUGCAGCAGGAGAUGCUGCUGAGGGACGAGGAGACCAUGGAGCUGCGCGAGACCUACACGUCCCUGCAGCAGGAGGUGGAGAUCAAAACCAAGAAGCUGAAGAAGCUCUAUGCCAAGCUGCAGGCCGUGAAGGCCGAGAUCCAGGACCAGCACGACGAGUACAUCCGCGUGCGCCAGGACCUGGAGGAGGCCCAGAACGAGCAGACCCGGGAGCUGAAGCUCAAGUAUUUGAUCAUCGAGAAUUUCAUCCCUCCCGAGGAGAAGAACAAGAUCAUGAACCGCCUGUACUUCGAUGGCGACGAGGAGCAGUGGAAAUUCCAGCCGCUGGUUCCUGCUGGAGGGAGCAGCUCCCAGAUGAAGCGGCGCCCGACCUCGGCCGUGGGCUACAAGAGGCCCAUCAGCCACUACGCCAGGGUGGCCAUGGCCAGGAGAUCCCACCCCCGCUUCAGGGCUGAGAACAUCAUGUUCCUGGAGCUGGACCUGUCCCCCCCGGCCAUCUUCGAGUUCGAGCGCAGCCGGGACCCCGCGGCCGAGCCGGACCCGCGGGCGCUGCACCUGGAGCGCCUGAUGCACCUGGACAGCCUCCUGCAGCGGCCCGCGGCCGCCCGCGUGCGCAAAUCCCGCUCCUGGUGCCAGAGGACAGCAUGCCCAGAGUGUCUCUGUGUCCCCAGGUGCCAGAGGACAGCAUGCCCAGAGUGUCUCUGUGUCCCCAGGUGCCAGACGCCGCGGUCGCUGCCGUCCUCCACCACCCACGUGUCGCUGGCCUCCAGCUCCCCGUGCGCCGCCCCUCUGCCGGCCCAGGAGUGACCGCCCGGACCCUCGAACCGGACUGAGCCCCCCAGGGCCGAGGGGGGCCCCACCCGCGGCCCCAGCUCGUCCUUGUCCUCAGCUACUUUGUGUGUGUGUGUGGAGACACGAACGGCCCCGGCCAGGGCGGCUGCCCCUCCUUCCCUCUCUCCCUCCCUCCUCCCUCCCCUCCUUCCCUCUCUCCUCCCCUCCAUUCUCCUCCCCUCCCUCCGCCCCCCGAUCCGGAUCUGUCACUUUAUUUAUUUAACCUAUUUAUUUAUGGAGCGGAGGCAGGAUUUGUGCUCGGACUGAUGGACACUCAGGCUGGCAGUGGGCACCGUGCUGGAUUUGCCCAGCUCCCAGCCCUGCCCACGCCGCCUGGCACGGGGCUGGGCAUGGUGACAGCACCAGGACACUGCUCCAUCCCGGCUGCCCUAACCCCUGUGCUGGCUGUGCUGUGCUGGAUCCCAGGGAAUUUGGAGAUCUCUGCGUGGAUUGGGAGACUUUGUGGUGGCAGUGCCUUGUCAGAGCCCCCCUGAGGGACUCCCCAGCCUGCAUCGACUCUGGUGGCAGCAGGGACACCUCGCCCACUGUGGGCACGGCUGGCACAGCUCCAUCCCCAGGGCUUGCAGAGUCACCAGGCCAAGUCACCCAAAGGCCACAGGGCUUUGUCCAGCUGUGCCACGCUCUGGGGACGCUGUGGGGACACUGGAGACAGCCCCACCGAGGCUCCCAUCGCUGACUGUGGGUGUGCAGCUCCUGACACAGCCAGAGGUGGAAAUCUGGAAAUCUGGAAAUCUCCACCCCCUUCCAGAGGCUCCAUCUGCCGCUGAAGGGACAGGGAAAUGUGGGACAAGGAGGUGACACCCAGGGCAGCGAUGGCAUCGCUGUCUCCUGGAGAAUGGCACACGGAGGUCACCUCUGUCACCUCCUGGUUGGGACAAACUGCCUGGUGGGGUGUGGAGGACUGGACUGGCAUGGUGAUGGGUGAGAGGGGGAAGCCAGGAGGGCUCUGGGGGUUGAAUCCUGCCCAGCAGCUGCAGGGACAGCACUUGGUGUCCUGCACGGCUCUCAGGGGGAGGGAAGCUGGCGGGGCAGCUCUGGUGUCCCUGGCAUGGUGGCGUGGGGACAUCCCUGUGAUGGAUGAGAUCCCUGUGCAUGAGGAGGUGACCCCUGGCUCUCCUGGCUCAGCCAAGGGCAGGUCAGGGAGGAUUGCAGGUGGGGAAUGUCCUCUGGAAACAGAAUUCCUGCACAGGGUGGUGAGGCUGGAAGGGACCUGGAGCAGUUACUCAGGGACGUGGCCAGGUGGGUUUGGAAUCCCCCAGGGAAGGAGACUCCAGCACUGUUCUGGGCAGGCUGCUCUUUGCUGCUGGCCUGGUCCCUGCUCCUCUUGGUGCUCCUGCACUCAGGACAGGUGAGGGAGGGCGAGGGAGCAAAGCACAGGUAUGGAAUGGGGACACCCAGAGGGAAACAGCAGCUGGGCAGAGCUCAGCAGCCAUGUCCCAUCCACACAUGGCUGUGCUGGGCCAUCCACUGCCCUUCCCAGCUGGCCUGGCACAUCCCUGCACUGCCCAGGGAUCCUCCUCCAUUCCAUCUAACACUGCCCUGCCUGGAGCUCUCCACCACUGCCCUCUGCUCCUGCCUUCCCUCUCCAUCUGUGCCCCAUAACAAACACCCUGCUCUGUGCCCCAUAACAAACACCCUUUCUGUGCCCCAUAACACCCUGCUCUGUGCCCCAUAACAAACACCCUGCUCUGUGCCCCAUAACAAACUCCCUUUCUGUGCCCCAUAACAAACACCCUGCUCUGUGCCCCAUAACACCCUGUCCUGUGCCCCAUAACAAACACCCUUUCUGUGCCCCAUAACACCCUUUCUGUGCCCCAUAACAAACACCCUUUCUGUGCCCCAUAACACCCUGCUCUGUGCCCCAUAACAAACACCCUGCUCUGUGCCCCAUAACACCCUGUCCUGUGCCCCAUAACACCCUGUCCUGUGCCCCAUAACAAACACCCUUUCUGUGCCCCAUAACACCCUGCUCUGUGCCCCAUAACACCCUGCUCUGUGCCCCAUAACAAACACCCUGCUCUGUGCCCCAUAACAAACACCCUUUCUGUGCUCCAUAACACCCUGCUCUGUGCCCCAUAGCACCCUGCUCUGUGCCCCAUAACAAACACCCUGCUCUGUGCCCCAUAACAAACACCCUGUUCUGUGCCCCAUAACACCCUUUCUGUGCCCCAUAACAAACACCCUUUCUGUGCCCCAUAACACCCUGCUCUGUGCCCCAUAACAAACACCCUGUCCUGUGCCCCAUAACACCCUGCUCUGUGCCCCAUAACAAACACCCUGCUCUGUGCCCCAUAACAAACACCCUGCUCUGUGCCCCACAACACCCUGUCCUGUGCCCCACAACACCCUGCUCUGUGCCCCAUAACACCCUGUCCUGUGCCCCAUAACACCCUGUUCUAUCCUUCCAGAACCUUUGUCCCUUCUCGCCCAGCCUGGCACCUUGCUCUGAGGCCUGAGCUCCCUCCCCUGGCAGCAGCCAUGCCCAGCCUGGCAGGAGGGGGCAGGGGAAGGUGUUGGAGGAGUCCCUUCCAUGCUGUGGGAUCAGGGCUGGCCACAGGUGCCCCCACAGCCAGGGGUGUCCCAGGGCAUCCCCCAGAGCGAGCUGGCCCUGGGACACCAUCCCAGCCCUGGGCACAGUGGAAGGUGUCCCUGUCACGGCAGGGGUGGCACUGGAUGGGCUUUAAAGUCCCUUCCAGCCCAGACCAGUCUGGGAUUCUCUGAUUCUGGAACACAGUGGCUGGGAGAGCUGGUUUGUUAUUUAAUUUCCUGGAAAGCAUCUGGGAGUUGGGGUCAGGAAGCACAGACUCAGAAUGAGGAGAAGCUUGAGGGGCUGCAGGAGUAGAAUUUCCUCCCUUCCUUGUUUUCCAGGGUCAGCAGCUCAUGGAGCCCCAAAGUGAUGAACCAGAGACCUUCCCUGGCCUCUGUUCUCACCCAGGAGCUGAGGGUGUCCUCAUCCCCGGGCCGUGGAGCAUCCCAGGAAGGGUGGCUGUCCCCCAGGAGGAGUGGCUGUCCCCAGGGAGGGUGGCUGUGUUCAUGGAGGAUUCCUCCAGAAGCCUUUCCAGCAGAACUGUGGUCACAGGGGGAUCCUCUGGAAGCCCUUCCAGCAGAGCUGUGAUCACAGUGGGAUCCUCAGGGAGCCCUUCCAGCACAGCUGUGAUCACAGUGGGAUCCUCUGGGAGCCCUUCCAGCACAGCUGUGAUCACAGUGGGAUCCUCUGGAAUUCCAGCACAGCUGUGGUCACACAGGGAUCCUCUGGAAUUCCAGCACAGCUGUGAUCACAGUGGGAUCCUCUGGAAUUCCAGCAGAGCUGUGAUCACAGUGGGAUCCUCUGGAAUUCCAGCACAGCUGUGAUCACAGUGGGAUCCUCUGGGAGCCCUUCCAGCAGAGCUGUGAUCACAGUGGGAUCCUCUGGAAUUCCAGCAGAACUGUGAUCACGGUGGGAUCCUCUGGAAUUCCAGCACAGCUGUGAUCACAGUGGGAUCCUCUGGGAGCCCUUCCAGCAGAGCUGUGAUCACAGUGGGAUCCUCUGGAAUUCCUUCCAGCAGAGCUGUGGCCAUGGUGGGAUCCUCUGGGAGCCCUUCCAGCAGAGCUGUGAUCACAGUGGGAUCCUCUGGAAUUCCGGCAGAGCUGUGAUCACAGUGGGAUCCUCUGGAAUUCCGGCAGAACUGUGAUCACAGUGGGAUCCUCUGGAAUUCCAGCACAGCUGUGAUCACAGUGGGAUCCUCUGGAAUUCCAGCAGAGCUGUGAUCACGGUGGGAUCCUCCGGAGCCCUUCCAGCAGAGCUGUGAUCACAGUGGGAUCCUCUGGAAUUCCGGCAGAGCUGUGAUCACGGUGGGAUCCUCUGGGAGCCCUUCCAGCACAGCUGUGAUCACAGUGGGAUCCUCUGGAAUUCCAGCAGAACUGUGAUCACAGUGGGAUCCUCUGGAAUUCCAGCAGAGCUGUGAUCACGGUGGGAUCCUCCGGAGCCCUUCCAGCAGAGCACAGGGUGGGAAUGGCCAGCGCAGGGGUGGGAUGAGGCACUCCCAGCACCAGGAGCCGCUCCCGAGCCCUCCCUGCUCCCCGGGAGCUGUCCCAGCCCAGCGCGGGGAGCGCUCGGGCCGUCGGUGCCGCUCGCUGUCCGUGUGUCCCGCUGUCCGUGUGUCCCAGCGGGGCCGGGGGCUGGGCCGGGGCUUCCUUUCGUUAUUGUUGAACUGUUCUUUUGGGGUUCAGGUUUGGCCGUUGUUCCGCGGGGAGGGGGGUGCGGGUCUGUUGCGGGUUCGUGGACAAGGUGAGGGCCUCGAUUAGGACCAAAUUUUCGUGCCUGUUGCUCUGGUGAUUUAUUUAGAAAUCAAAAGUUUACUGUCUGGUGGCCCAUCCCUGUCACUCUAUACAUAGGACUAUACAGGACAUAUUAUAAAUAUAUAUAUAUUAUACAUAGUGUCGGGAGAGAGGCCGUUCCUGGCGGGAUGGACGCUCCUCACCGUGCUGUAAUGCAGCUCCGAGCCCGCGCUGGGAGCGCCCUCCGGGAUGGCCAGGACACAAUAAAGGAAUGGAUGAGCAUCGCU